AUGUCAGGCGUUCGUCACCACCGUUCCAUUUCGAGAGACUCUCAUGGAAGUCCCAAACCACCCCGCUCGCCUUCCCCGCCAUGUCAAACGUUUCACCCAUCAAUCCUACCUCGUUCCGUACCCACCCCGGCGCUCGUCGAAUCGGUUGCAGGAGGAGCGCAUUAUGCAGGUGUCAAAGUAGACUCAGAUGCCGUUCUGAGGCAUAGGAGGAGCAGUUCGCAUCGCCACCAUACCGAGCUCAAUGCCGAUCACCAGCGUGUUUUGGACGACUUAACCGAACUAUUUUGCUGUCGACCGACUUUGGAGAUCUUGGAGAGGUCAUGGAGCAAGGAUGCGGUGUUUGAGGAUCCUUUGUGCAAGUGCAAAGGAUUUAAUGAAUUUGCUGCGCAGUGGUUUGCUCUGCCGAAAUUAUUCUCCAAAUCGGAACAGAUAUCGAAGCGCGUCAUGUCGUCCACAGAUAACCCAAAUCGCCUGAUAUACUCUCAGACUCAGGAGUAUACCACAAAGUUCUUGAAGAAGAAGAAGGUCAUUGAGUCAAUUAUCAUCGUAGAUCUAGACGAGAAUGAACGCAUUAUCCGGCUGGUAGACCAAUGGGGAGGACAGGACUUGCCAACUCGAUACGGUGCCUCACUUCUCAGAACUCUCAAUGCGAAGAUAGCACCGUGGAUUAUCCACGUCCCAAAGGUCAAGACUUAG